UUUAAGAGCAAAAUUUUUCACAUAACUGUACCUAUUCUAAAAACUAUUUCAACAAAGUUAUAAACUAUUGUGAAACUAUUAAAAAUGCAGUUAAAUGUCUACAGAAUUUAAUCGUAUAAUAUGUAGUUCAUGACUAAAUUUUGGCUAGUUCAAUGAAGAAAGUAGGAAUUAAAUAAUACAAAGUGUUGUUUGUAACCAAAAAGACUGGUUUUUAAUUGACGAUGUAAUUUAAAAAGUUGUAAAAACACAAUGCUUUUAAAAAAUAUCAAAAUGGCUUCAUUUUGUGGCAAAAGAAUUAUCCUAUCACAAAAUAGUUUUUUAAAAAUUCCAAGACGUAAUGGUUAUUUGAUUCUUGUCCCAGAAAUUGGAGAAGAUUUACCAGGGAAAUAUCCCUUAUUAAAAGAAGAUAAAAGUCCAGAAUUUACAAAUAUUACAAUAGAAAAAUGUGUUGCUGUUAUUGGAAGGCAAUCAUUAGAAUUUGAAGAAACAGUUAAAACCUUAGGGAAACAAAUAGAAAAUGUUAACAAUAUUUCUCCAGAAAAUUUAUUUAAAAACGUAUUAAGCCCUAUAGAGGAGAUAGAUACCUCUUUGAAUAUUACAUGGGGCAUUGCAAAAACAUUAUAUUUAGGAAAUCAAAGUUUAAUGCCUACACAAUAUUAUAUAAGUAUUAGUGAACGUGCUAAACGAGCUUCCGCUUUUAAAUACAUUAAUAUACCAAUAUAUCAAGCAUGUAAAAAUGUCUUGAAUAAUAAUGAAAGUGAAUUAAAUGUUGAACAGAAAAGAAUUUUAGCAAGAUAUAUAUUGGAAGGAAGGUUAAAUGGAUUAGAAUUGUCUAAGAAGAAAAAUGAACAAUUUGUAGCAUUGAAAAUAUGGUUGUCUGAAAAAAUUAAAAAAUAUUCACAAAAAGUGCAGAUGGCCAUAAAUAAUCUUACUUUUACUAUAAGAGAUCCUAAUAUUGUAAGAGAUUUUCCUGAAGAAUUACUAAAAUCUAUGGCAGUAAAUCCUACACAGUUUCUUGCAGGACCAUGGAUAGUAAUUUUAACUCCUGAUAUCCUGGAACCAUUUAUGGAACAUUGCCAUGAUCGUGCUUUAAGAUGGAGAGUUUGGGAUGCAAAUGUUACCAAAGCAUCUUUAUUACAUGAUAGAUCGGUACAAACAAGUACAACAUUAGAAGAAAUUAGACAGAAAAGAAAUCAAGAGGCUCAUUUAUUGGGAUACAAGUCAUUUUCUGAUUUAAGUAUGGAAACUAAAAUGGCAGGCAGUAUACAAAAUAUUCACUAUGUAUUGAAUAAUUUAUUAGCCACAGCUCGACCUGCUCAAGAACAUGAAAUUAAAGAACUUCAAGCAUUUGCAAAUGAAAAAGGUUUAGAUGGUCCACUUCAACAUUGGGAUAUAGCAUAUUGGGGUAGAAAACAACUACAUUCUGUGUACAUGUACAAGGAAGAGGAUUUAAAUAAUUAUUUUCCUCUACCGAAAGUGUUAUGUGGCUUAUUUGAACUUAUUGAAACGUUAUUUGAUGUAAAGAUUAUUGAAUCCAAGAAGCUAGAUCUCUGGCAUAAAGAUGUUCGAUUUUUUGAUGUCUUUGAUUUAAAACAUUCAAGUACUGAUCCAGUAGGUAGUUUUUAUUUAGAUCCAUAUGCAAGAGGAGAUGAGAAAGUUCGAGUGUCACAGAAUGCAGGAUAUACAGUAGAAGUACAAAAUAGAAGUAAAAUAUGUGGCAUAAAACCAUUAGUUGCAUUAAUAUUCAAUUUCGCACCACCCAUGGGUGAGAAACCUUCCUUACUUUCAUUCAAAGACCUUCAAACGUUAUUUCGGCAGUUCGGACAUGCAUUACAUCAUAUAUUAACAAAGGUGGAAUACACACAUAUUGCAGGACUUUCGUUUGUAGAAUGGGAUGCACAAUUUAUUUCUGACUAUCUUCUUGAAAAUUGGUUAUAUGAACCAUCAUUUGUGCAAAGAAUUUCAUGUCAUCAAGUUACUGAAGAACUAUUACCUCUUAAUAUAAUUGAAAAAGUAAGGGAUUCAAAGACACAUUUAUCUGGUUACAAUUUAUGUAAAGAACUGUAUUUGUCAGAAUUUGAUUUAGAAUUAUAUUCUGGCAAAGAAUUUUGGAAUAGCAUAAUGAACCGCUUAUGGAAAAAAUAUUUUGUACUUCCUCCAUAUAAGAAGGACAGCCAUAUUUGUUCUUUUGAUGCUAUCUUUAGUGGACAAUGGGCAGCUGCUUAUUACAGUCAUGUUUGGUCAAAAAUGAUUGCCGCUGAUUUGUACAGUGCUUUUCAAGAUGUCUCGUAUGAGAAUAAAGAAUCAUUGAAGGAACUCGGUGGAAGAUAUCGCGAAUCAUUUUUGUCUGUUGGUGGUACUUAUUCUGCACGUGAGAAUUUCAGAAAGUUUAGUGGAAGAGAUCCUAGUCCAAAAGCACUUCUGAAAAACCUUAGAUUGGAUACAAAAUGUAAUAUGUCAGAAAUUACUAAUGAUAUGAUCCAAGGAAACUUGAAAUAACUUAAGCAAUAAAAUGUAAUUUGUAUAAAGAUA